AUGGACUAUCUUGACGGCCUCCUUCUUGUUCCUCCGGACCGAAACCACAUCCUCGCCAAAGCGCAAUGGAAGGAAGACAUGGAACCCGCUUACCAAUGGCCCACGAGCUGCGUCAUUGACUGUCAAGUCCAGAUGCUUGCCUACCGAAAGCAAGGGCCUAUCCAGCCGACGCUCGUCGUCACCAUAAGCGACAAGGAGCGAAAGCGUCGCUCCAGUCGAUCUGUGGGGUUAAUGGCGAGCAAAGACGCUGGGACCAGCACUCUGUGGUUUCGAACGCCGCCCGACGACCACCACAGCAGCCUUCACGACUGGGCUUCGUUUAUCCUGUCCAAGAAGAACCCUAUUACCGCGGCGGACGGAAGCACCACGCCGGUAUUCUCGAGCCCCUUCAGCCCCCGAAGCCGCGAGGCUCCAGAGUACUUCCCCCCAAGACCCGACAGCGGAAACCAGGCGAGCAGCAGCCGGCCAGAUGCGCGCGCUCUACAGCACAAAACCUCCAGCGCUACGUACUCGACGGGCCCUCGCGAGCGGCCGGCCACGUUCAGCUCUGACUCGCCGAGCCUGCGAUCCAAGCGAAGCGACAUCUCCUCGCCGUCCAGCAUCAGCCAGCACCCCAUGCAGAAGGCAUUCGCGGUUCCGGGUCCGAUAUAUACUGGGCCUAUGCACGGCGAUUCGGGGCUGCCUCCCAUCAGAGACUCAAUCUACCAGGGAGAGCUGAUUGAGGGGUGGACGGCGGCCCAAGGGCGGUCAUCUACCUUGAGCUCACCUACACGCGGCCCCGAGCCAUUGGGCUCACCGAUGGAGGCGCCCUUAGGCUUUGACGUCCACGCGCCGCCCGCCCCUGGCGAGACGAUUCUCGACAGGGCCUUCCAGCUGGGCCAUAUUCCGUGGGCUGGAUCAAACGUUCCUGGCCAGGAGACGUUCAGCUCCAUCGCUCGCUUCGAUGCCCUCAUGCACGAAGUAGAAGACAAGCGCAAGCAAAGAGAGGCCACUCGGCGCGAGGAACGGGCGGCUAUGCGCAAUACGUAUAAUCCCAAAGCGACGCCGCUUGAGCUUCCUGACGAUUUUGAUUCUGAUGAAAGUGCGCAUUCUGCGGAUGAGCAAGAUCAUGGCUACGACAGAAGCCCCAUCAUCUCCCCCUCUGCCCAACGAGCAUUGGCGUUCAUUGCAAAUAGGCAUGGGGAUACACCUCGGGAACCUGGAUCACGCCGUCCCACGAUAUCUAGGACUCAUCUAAGCUACCAUGCGGGUACGGUGCCUCCGCCGCCGCUGCCGCUGCCGACUUCUCAGUCUCCUCCUUCUCGGCCGCAUACGGCCCACGCCAAAAGCCGCCUCAAUCCCUCGCAGAGAACCCAGAGCACGCCUCACCUGAAUCCAGAUUCUGCCAGCAGGAGCGGCGAAAGCGGGUUCGCGCAAGACGAUGCGGGCAGUCGGCGAUCUGGCUCCAGCUCC